AUGAGCUGUAUUGGAUAAGCACAACAAUAACUGAGUUAGAAACUCAUCAAAACUGAUGGUGAUGAUUCAGAUACUCCAAUCCCUGAAUCUGACAAAGAUGAUCUCGGAUAAAUCUUGAACACUGAAGAAAGUAAGGGUAAACCCAUAAAAACCCUUAGAUUCAGUUUACAAAAUCAAGUAUGGAUUUUUGAUAGAUCCUCAAAAAGACAUUAAUCCUACAAAUCACCUUCUCCAUUAGCUAGAAAUUCUUCACCAUCAAUACUUAAAAAUAAAAAUAAACCAUAAGUAACUAAAUAAUGA